AUGAUUGCCCUCGAAAACAAGGUCACGAUGGACGACCUGUCGGCAGCCGCGGACCAUGUGCUCGCCUCCUUCGACGAAGGCCUCUCCGAACAGACGCAGCGCGCAAUGGCUGGGGCACGCGUCACGGCGUGCGAUGACCGGGCGCACGCGGACCGAUCCUCUGAGCACGCGAUCCUGCGGUUCUCCGCCCUGCGUGCGGAUGAGUGCCGCAGGUGGGUGGCUGACGCCACCGACAAUGAGCUCACGAGCGUCACGAGUGGGAUGCGAGAGCUGCACGGCGCCUGGAUGGCGGGGGAGGCGCGCUCAAUCAAUCUCGAGCUCAACAAGCAGCAGCACGCCGAGGAGGAGGCGCGAGGGAUCACCCGUCGUCGGCUGACGCUCCUCGCGUGCGAAUCCGACUUUCAGGUCGCGGCGCAUGACGAGCAGCGAAAGGCGGCCGAGAAAGCGGCCGAAGCGCGCGAGGCGGCGCUGCGUGUUGAGGUUGUGGCGGCAGAGGAGCGUGCGGCAGCGCUCUGCGACGCGGCGCGCGAACGCGAGGUGGAGGAGAUGACGGCGCGGCUGCAAGAGCUCAUCCUGUCGCAAAAGAUGGCCUCGGAGGAGAAGCUGAGCGGCACUGUGCGCAAACGGUGA